AUGUCGUGGCCAUACCGCACGACACGUACGGCAUGUAUCGCACAUCUGUCUGUACGGCAGGUUGGGCAUCUGGGCCGUCUGGAGCUCUCUGCCGUAACGCUCGCAAGGAGUAUGUUCCACAUCACCGGCUUGUCGCUAGUUGUGGGUAUGGGCAGCGCCGUGGAGACGUUUUGCGGGCAGGCCUUUGGCGCUGCCCACUACCCGCUCCUGGGCCUGGUGCUGCAGCGAGCCGCGCUGAUCUGCCUCCUCACCUGCGCCCUCCCGCUGGCGCUGUGGGUGCGGGCCGACUGGGUGAUGAUCACGGUCAUGCGGCAGCACACUGAGGUGGUGCCGCUGGCGGCCGGAUAUGUUCGGAUGCUGUGGCCGGCGCUGUGCUGCUGGGCGGUUAGCGGUUGUAUAAAAAACUACCUGAGUAGUCAGGGGGUGGUGGCACCGCUGACGAUGGUGUCGUGCAUUUAUACGGCAUCUACUGCACUGCUAAACCACGUGUUCAUGUUCCAGUUUGGCCUGGGCAUGCUGGGAGCGGCAGUGGCGUACAACCUGUCGUUGCUGGUUGUAGCCAUGGUGUGGCUGCAUGUGUUUCGUCAGGCACCUGAGUGCCGUACAUGGGGCGGCUUCAGGAAGCAGGCGUUUCAAGGCUGGGGCGAAUACAUGCGGAUUGCGCUGCCCUCCGCUGCCGCCAUCUGCUUGGACUGGUGGGUGUACGAGGCGGCGGUCAUCAUCGCCGGAGCGCUGCCGGACGCGAAAGUGCAGCUCGGGGCGAUGGGUCUGGCGUUCGAUACCCACGCGCUACUGUUUAUGUUGGUAGCGGGAUUCAGCUCCGCAGCGGCCACCCGCGUGUCUAAUGAGUUAGGCGCGGGCCGCGGUCGCCACGCCCGUUUCGCCGCGGUCGUGGCUCUUGCUCUGGGCCUGUGCGCCCCCUUGGGUGUGAGCGGGGGAUUGCUAAGCGGCGCCCGGCGCUGGGUGGAGCUGUUCACGCAGGAUGUCAACAUCACCAAUCUAGUGGUCUCCCUAAUGCCGGUGCUGACUGUGUCAAACCUGGCUGACUCUCUGGUGGCUGUGGGCGGCGGGGUACUGAGGGGCAGCGGGAGGCAGGAGCUGGCGUUUAAAGUCAACUUGGCGGCGUACUGGUUCCUCGGCUUGCCGUUGGCCGCGUACCUGGCACUCCGACAGCACAAGGGCGCCAUGGGGCUGUGGCUAGCUAUGGGACUUGCGUCCGGUUUGCAGGCCUUCAUCCUGUUGGGCAGCAUCCUCCGGUUCGACUGGUCAGAGGAGGCGCGGAAGGCGCUGAGAAGGGUGGCGGCGUCGGAGGCAGGGCUGCUGGCGGCUACAGCGGCUACAGCGGCGGCGGCGGGUGCGGCGCCGGCGGGGCCCGAGGACGUGGCGGCGGCGGCGGCGGCUGCCGCGGAGCACGGCGAUAGCGCUGGCGCUGCUUCCGUACAGCGGCGGCGUGGCUCUCUAGGGCUGCCGAUGGAUGCGGAUGUAGAGGUGCCGCCGCCGCCGCCGCCGCCGCACGUUGUACUGCAUGCGGGAUUAGGCAGUCGACAUGGAGUUCAUGACCCGCUGCUGACGGAGGAACAUACCAUUUGA